UAACGAGCCCAAAGUUCCCAGGGACACGACCGUAUAUCGGUAAUGAUUCAGAGGCACGCACAACGGACGGUGUUUAUUGUCGGAAUUUUGACCUAAAUUUCCCCAUCGAGUCUUGUGCCGGAUGUUUUUCGAUUGAGUUUAAGAAUAAAGAGGAGUAUCAAAGUACAUGUUGCAGUCGUAUGUGGCUUCCGUGAGCCGUAAAGAGAGGAAAUAAUGCCAGACGUAAAAACACCGAGUGGUCCGGAGAACAUGGACUCGGACCCGAACUCAGACGGGUUGAAGCACCGAGCACACGCGAAUUCCACGGACGCUGAUGAAGCGAGUAAAGACAGUGAAAAUGCCGGGGCUACGGGGGGAACAGCCACAGAUUCCGCAGAGAAGGACGGGGCAGGAUCACAGGAAAGCCUCUUCGAAUGUAACAUUUGCCUGGACACGGCAAGGGACGCGGUGGUCAGCCGGUGUGGUCAUUUAUUUUGCUGGCCAUGUCUGUAUCAAUGGUUAGAAACAAGACCCAAUCGGCAAACGUGUCCUGUAUGUAAAGCCGGGAUCAGUAAAGAAAGCGUCACGCCACUCUACGGUAGAGGCAGCACAAAACAGCAAGAUCCUAGAGAUAAAAUUCCCCAGAGACCACCUGGAGAAAGACCAGAGCCGGAAACACAAGGACCAUUCCAAGGCUUUGGGUUUGGAGACGGUGGAUUUCAGAUGUCAUUCGGCAUUGGAGCAUUCCCUUUUGGCUUUUUUGCAUCCACAUUCAACCUCGGGGAAGGUGGAAGAUUUAUGGGGCAUCCACAUCGUCCACAAGUCCCACCCAAUCCUGAUGAGCAAUUUCUCUCCAAAGUAUUUCUUUGGGUGGCCGUUCUCUUCGUCAUAUGGCUUCUAAUCGCUUGAAAUAUCCAAACCAUUUCAUUGUAUAGACACCAACCUUCUAUUUAACUUGAAUUGGAGGAUCCUGCAGUUUUAUGUAUUAAGCCAAAAUCAAUGUGUAACCACAGCAUGAAGUGCACAGUCAAAUGUGUAACCUUUAUUUAAAUUCUUUCAAUGAAUUUUGGGGCCUGUGGGCCUAUUCCUCAAAAGAGAAGCUGUGAUAGGCGUUGAGUUGAGUACAUGGAUUCAUUCACUUUUAUUUUAGAAAACAAAGUCAACUCACCGAUAGGCUGCAAAUAUACAGAUAUUUUCAUUUGAUUAAUCAUUCUCUUUAAUUUUGGCAAUUGUUUCAACACGGUUUCACUUUUGAUUGGACACAAUA